AUGUCUACUCCUUAUGUUGGCACCAUUCUCCCCCACACCGGCAUGGACAUUGACUUGACUCGCGUGGCUCCUGGUCGUGUCGUUGGACGUGCGCCUCACCCCGUCGACACUGGCCUGGAGGUCAUCACCUUCCACUGUGAAGGGUGCCGCAGUCUUGUCACAGUCGGCCUCGAGCACAGGAGCUACUAUUGUGUCUUCAAAGGAAAGUCGGUUGGCAUCUUUACAGACGCGAAAACCGUCAAUGAGCAGGUUGAAGGUGUCAGCGGGGCCUUCCGACUCAAGUAUCCCUCCAAGGAAGCAGCUGUCGAGGCCUUCAAGAAUGCCAUGGCUGAAGGGAAGGUCGAGGUUCUAUUGUAG